AAAUAACUACGUGUUUAUUUCCCCCCAUGGUCUGGUCUUGCUUUUCAAACGAUGAGCCAGGGGUGUGGUCACGUGGUUUGUGACGAAUACGCGACGAACAAGGAAAAAUCGGUGCGGCUGACCAGCAUACCUUUCUCCUCGCAUCACGAGUGACAGUCUAAAGCCGUGAACGAAGCCAGGUGAGAGUCGUGUGAGAAGUAAACGAAGCAGUCCUUGGUGUUCCGAAUAUUCAACAUGGAUGCAUCAGGCUGGUGGAAAAGGGUCCGGUCGCGGCUGCGGGAAACAGCACUUUGGAUGGCGGCCAGCGAAGGGCACAAGGAAGUGGUGGAGGCGCUGCUCGCGGCGGGAGCGGACCCGGGCGCGGAGGACAAGACGGGCGCCAGUCCGCUCACCCAGGCAGCCGCCGGGGGACAGGCGGACAUCAUAGAGCUCAUGGCGAAGGCGCGCCCCGAAGCGGUGAGUCGCGUACAGAGCGGAGUCGGAAAUCGUAAACAUUAGCGUUG